AUGGAGCGCAAGACACCCGGAACAGACCACAGCGACAAAGGGUCGACGUCGCCGCACCCGGUCGGAUACGUUCCCGACUGGCCCCCAAAGUCCAAGAAGCCGCCCAGGGGCACCGAGUCGCGCACCGUGUAUACUAAGUACGACGUUCAAGGGACGUUCGUCUCGAGCGACGUCCGGAGGUCGCACGGACCGCGCGUGCCCAUACUGUUCACGCCGCUGAGCCGGGACGUCACCUUCCACGACGUCAGCUCACACGAUAUCUGGAAUGAGCUGGUGGACAGCGCGGACGAGAUGCCGCCGUACCGCAAGAUCACGCGCAACGGCUGUCUCGCCACCAGCGUGAGGACCGGGGACGCGGCGAGCCGCCUCCUCGUGUUAACGUCCCUGGCCGGCGUCCCGUGCCGGGUCGCCAUCCCACGCUGGUACUCGGGAAACGUGCGCAAGGUCUUCGGUGUGCCGGUCCGGUACAGCGAGCGCCAGCUGCUGGAACACUUUUACGGCAUCGGCGUCACAUACGUGCGACGUCAGGUCAAGCACGUCCGCGCACCCGACGGUUCCCUUGGCGUUCACCCGCAGCUCCGCGUCGUCCUGUACUUCCGGCCCAACGCCCGACCACCGGAGCGUGCUUGGCUCGGCUUGGUGUCGUUCGCUCUGCGGCCCUUCACCGCGUCGCCGACCCAGUGCGUCCGGUGUCAGCGGUACUUCCACAUCGCGCGCAACUGCAACGCGCCCGUCCGCUGCAAGUUGUGUGCCGGUCCGCACAACUACCGAGCCUGCACUAGGCCUAGGAACUACACGGACAAGCGUCCCGAAGCGGCUGGCUCGUCCUGCAGCAAGUACAUUCUCGAACAGGAGGCCAAGGAGAGUGGCGCCCCGAACGCCCGCAUGGUCAUCAGGGACGGCACGGCACCGCUAGUGAUCCGUUCCAUUGACCCGGGAGUGUCGCUGAGUGACGUCAGCAGCAAGUACAUCGGCCGCUCGCUGGAGGAGAUCGCCGGCGAACGCCUCAGCAACGCGUUCUUCUCGAACCGCGGCUGCCUCACCGCCUACGUGAAGAGCACGUCGGCCUUCAGGCGCCUCAGAGCCAUCACUUCACUGUCGGGCGUUGCCGUCACGGCCGAUUUCCCGCGCUGGUUCCACAAGAACGCCGGCAAACUGAAGGACGUGACGGAGCGGUACACUGAGAAAAACCUGAUGGACAGGCUCUACGAUUUGGGAGUGAUCAACGUGCGCCGCCAGGUGAACCACAUUCAGCUUCCGGACGGCCGCGUGCAAGUCAAGCCCACGCAUCAAGUCGUGGUGCACUUCGGCCCCGACCGAGUGGUGCCCACGCAGGUCAAGCUGGGAUUCAACCUGUACGAGGUUCACCCCUACGUGCCGCCGCCGGUGCAGUGCUCCAGGUGCCAAGAGAUGCACCACGUGGCCAAGUCGUGCCCCAACGAGAUGCGCUGCAAGGUCUGCGCCGGCCCGCACACGUACAAGCUGUGCACGGUGAGCAAGGGCCGGCUGAUGCGGUGCGCCAACUGCGGCGGCGGCCACGCGGCCACGUACGCCCACUGCCCGGCCAAGAUGCGAGAGGUGAGGCGGCUGUACAGAGAGCGGCUGGCCGAGAUGAACAGGCAGCGGGCCAGGCUGCGCGAGCUCGACGAGCAGCGCGAGGCCGAGGAGAUGGAGAACAGCUCGCAGUACAGCCGAUACUUCGUGUUCGAUUAAUUAAAGGCUUACGAUACGCAAUA